UAUUAAAAUCUCCUUUGAUUUUCUCUCUUAUUUUGUGUCUAUUUCUUCUUCUCAUACUACUUUAUUUUUAUUAGAAAAUGAUGAAAGAAAAUAUGAUGUUAGAACACCAACAUCCAUUUAGUCUUAUAGACUUGUGGUCGGAGCAACUGCGACGUGAAGAAGAGUCUGAAGAAGACGAAGAGGAGAACGAUGAUGUUUUAAUUGCAAACCAAGACUUUCAAUGUUUGUGUUCCAGAUGUGGGGAAGACAUCAAGUGGUAUCAUAGGUAUUACUACUCUUGUUGUCAUUGUAGUGAUUACUUUGUUCAUAAAUUUUGUGCAGAGCUUCCACAAAGAUUGGAAGACGUUUGUGAGGUUGGUCAUGCUCUUGACCUCACCCAAUCGGCAUCCCAUUUGAACUGGAAGGGCGGAUGGACCCGGGAGGACGAUUGGAACUGUAAAAUUUGUGGUAGGUAUCAUAAGUCUGGAGAUUUGUGGUAUCGUUGUGAUCAUUGUAUUUUUCAAUUUGAUGUAAAUUGUGGUACGAAAAUGCUACAAAAAAAUGUCAUACACCAUCCUAGCGACAAACACCCACUAAUUUGCAUCUCAAAACAACUUUUAGCCAAGUGCGAUGCAUGUGGGAAGGAACAUAAGGGGAACUUCUAUCAUUGUUCCAUUUGUCUCUGGUCUAAAAUGAUUCAUAGUGAUUGUGCUUUUCUACCACAAAAGUUGCAAAUCCAACAUACGACGAAUGAUGUCUUCUCCCAUAUCCAUCAUCUCACCCUUGCUUAUUCCUUUCCAGUCGAAGAUCAAAUAUCUAAAAACCUGCCACGGUGUAGGGUAUGUCGUUAUGGGUUUAGUUAUGGAACAAAUGUUUGGAUGUAUAAAUGCGAGAAAUGCAGAUACUAUACCCAUCUAGGUUGCGCAACGUCAAGAAACGAGCCAUUCAUGUCAAUCUUCAAGUCUCCAGGUACAGGCAGUAAAAACUACAAAGAUGAUGAGCAUCCUUAUCUUCUUCAUCUUCCAUUUCCUGAUCCAUCUUACAGCAUACUAAAACACUUGUUUUUUAAGAAAAAAGAAUCAAGUACAUUAGAAAUUUCUAACAAGAUCUACCACAAACCACAAGGUAUUAUUCAUAAACACCCACUAAUUCUAGAGGAUAUCACAAUCCCCACCUCUUCUAGAAUAAAACCAAUAUCCUAUCAUGACCCAAUGAAGAGGAUUCAACUUUUGUGCGACGGCUGUGUCAGACCAAUUACGAGUGGCCCAAUUUACGUGUGUGACAGUGAGGGGCAAUGCAACUUUGUGCUCCACGAGUGGUGCUCCCAGCUACCUGCUGAACUGAAAGACCACCCUGCUCAUCGACAACACACCCUAGUUCUCCAUUCAAAAGCCCCUCCUCGUAAGUUUUUUGGGGUGUUUAGGUGUGGUAUUUGCCGGUUACAUUGUAAUGGAUUUGCCUACUGUUGUAUGGAUUGCAACAACUGCAUCUUUGACGUUCACUGCGCCUUCUUACCAAAAGAAAUCACUCAUACUUCUCACCCAAAUCACCUCCUUUUUAGGGUUCAUCACGGAGCUUGGGAUAAAUGGUGUCGUAUUUGUGGGGGUUAUACAGAUAUGAAUUAUUUUUCUUGCCAUACUUGUAAUGAUUUUCGUCUACACGCCAACUGUGCUUUGUUUAUACCGGAGACAACUUGGAACAAGUGUGACAAGCAUCCUAUGAAGCUGAGUUACUUUCCGAUUGAGAACCAUAAGAGUGACUAUUUUUGUGAAGUUUGCGAGAGAGAACUUAAUCCUGAGGAGGCAUUCUAUCACUGUCAUGAAUGCAUGCAGUCUAUGCAUACAGCUUGUGCUCCUUCAAUACUUCAGUAUGAAACAUAUGACCGAUCUGGUAGAGGCGUUUAUGAGUUUGUAAAUGUGAAGUUUGGGGGCAGAUAUGAGAAUAGUAAAGUGCAUCCACACCCCCUUUCAUUCGUUCAAGGGAUUCAAGACGACGGUGAAUGUGCCGACCAUGAUUAUGAUAAUUACAGUGGCAAAGGUCUCCGGUAUAAUAUGAUCUUUAAGUGUUUAGAUUGUAAAUUUGCAGUUCAUUACGUGUGUUUGCAAUCCAAUGGCUCAAAAUAAAAAUGAAAGAAGUAUACACAUGUUUCUGUUAGUUUUGGUCAUAUAACAUUGAAGGGCAAUCAUAAUAUAUGCACUGAUCGAGUUCAUUAAA